CAAAAUAUGGCCCAGUUAAUGAGCAAAAUUUACUUGUCCAAGCUCGUGAAGUUUGGUAGACUACUCGCCUCUGUCCCGACUCCUGUGAUUUGAUUUGGAGUCGUUCAGUUCGCAACGCAAUCUACCAGAAACAAGAAUUCAUCGCUGCUGCUGGUGGCAAUGUCACAAGGCUAUGCAAUUGAGUUGUAUUUCGAUCCGGCAUUAGAGAACCAGGUCUUGAAAGCCUGGAACGUCCUCGCCCGUCGCCAAAUCAGCACUCAACUCAUCGAAAUAGAGUCACGCCCACAUAUAACUCUCUUUUCCAGCCCCUUCAUCGAUCCUACAAAGCUUGAGUCUAUCAUCAAAACCUUUGCAUCCAAGCAGGAACCAUUGCCACUAUCGUUCUCCGCAAUUGGGAGCCUUCCCAGUGACCAAAAUGUCUUAUUUCUGUCUCCCACUCCCACAGUUUCUCUGCUUCAGUUUCAUUCCCAAUUAUGUGAUGCUAUGAAAAAGGAAGGGAUUGAUACGGGGGAGGAAUAUCGCCCGGACUCAUGGAUUCCUUACUGUGCUGUGGCGCAGGAGGUGCCAAGGCCGCGAAUUGGAGAGGCGUUUUGUGUUUUGAGGGAUCUGAAGUUGCCAGUUACUGGGUAUGUGAUGGAUAUUGGGUUGGUGGAGUUCUCACCGGUUCGCGAGUUAUGCUCUUUCGUGCUCGGCAACACAGUAGAAGCAUGAUGUCUUUAAAAGCUAUUAUAAUGUAAUAAUUGAAAUUCUGCCUUUUAUGUUGGAUGUGUUUCAGCUUGGUGCGAGACACUAGUGCUAGUGUAGCGUUAUAUCAAUGAUACUAUUCAAAGAGUAUUAGAGAAUUUUCAAUUCAUCUUUAUGAGUCUCUAUGGGGAUGAGAUUUUAGAUUGGAAAUUAGUCUCUUUCUAUGUUGAGAAGUUAUUGUUUCUUGUACUUUUAAAAAUUAAUGCGCAAACUUGAGUGGCAAGGAAUGAUUUGUAAGCUCUUA